AUGUUGGAUGAAGUGCACCAAAUUUUACCUCUCCAGUCGACAGAUGAGUAUGAAUGCAUUCUUGGGACUAUCGGAGAGCAUAGUGUUGUGAUUGUGUCUGUACCGAUUGGCGACUAUGACCCUGAAACACCGUCACCGUUGCCUGCGUGGCUGAAGUUCAGAUUUCAUUCGAUACAGUUUUGCAUAAUAGCUGGAAUAGGUUCAGGAGUACCAAGCAAAGAACAUGAUGUUAGACUUGGAGACAUUGUGGUGAGCGAACCUGGUCAUGGUCAUAAUGGUGCGAGAGAAUAUGGCCUGGGUAAAACAUCAUCACUCAACGACCAUCCUCAGAGGCCACAGCUUCAGCGCUUACCGAUCGAUGUGUCAGCUGCCAUCUCUGCAAUUCAAACCCGAGAAUUUAUUCAAGUUGAGGGUAGUCCCAUCACAAAAUUUCUCAUCAUGGAGCCAGCUUCUCGAGCAGCUGAAUUGUCCCAAAGACCAAGCCUAAUAAGUGACUGGCUAUACGAGGCAGAAUAUCAGCAUAAUGGAGAAUUCGAUACAUGUCUCAGUUGCGAUAGGUCCAAGCUGGUUUCACGGCCUUCGCGAGAUAGUUAUGAGCCAUGGAUACACCUUGAAUCGAUUGCUGUCAUCAAUCGAGUGGUCAAAGAUGCGAGGGUGCGAGAUCGACUUUCUGAAAAUAUAGCACUUUGCAUGGAGAUGGGGACCGCCGGGCUCAGCGAUGAUUUCCCAUGCUUAAGGAUUCGAGGUAUUGCUGACUAUGCUGACACGCAUAUCAAUGAACAUUGGCAAGGCUAUGCCGCGAUAGUGUCAGCGGCGUAUGUGAAAGCACUUCUUUUACAGGUUUCAGCCGUUCAGGUCGAUUCAAGUUGA